AUCGCAAGCAUCAGUCGUUGGUCGUCGCGAAAUUAGUUCCUCCUUCCGCACGUUGGCGCUUCGGUAUCACAAUUAUAGCCGGAAUAAAUCGUAUCCAAAUACAAAGAGGAUAGACUAAUUCUCUUGUCGAGAUAGCAGACAGCAUCCGACAAUCUCCAAGUGCAUCAAGGUCAGCUGCACUCUGCAACAGGUCAUCUGUCAACACAGUCACGCUUCUGUUACUCUCAAAACGCUGUCAUUUUGACAAAGAAUGGACAGUGUUGAUAAUAACCAAGUGAUACUCAUACUCGGUGACAAUCGUAUACGAGCAAAUAGGGACAAACUCGCCAAGCACAGCCUCUACUUCUCAUCAUUAUUUUCGGAGAACUUCAAUGAUCACCGGCAGAAUGAGUACCCAAUCAAUUAUGGUGUAUCACUGGAUACUCUCAAGGAUUUCGUCAAAUGGGCGGAAGACACGAAGCACAACGAUCCAAAGAUUCAGACGCAUUACAAAGUUGAAAAGUGCAUGGAGAAAUUCACAAAUACUCACAACUCAAAUCCCCUCGAAUUGUUAGAGCUGAGUGUUGUAUUUAUGUGUGAAAAGUUAACGAAUGAUUUGACAUCGAUCAUCAUCCUCCACUGGCUGUACGCCGAGAAGAUAAUCGAGAUCUGGACCCUAGCACAGGAGUUGGGUCUGGAUAAACUGCGGGAUGUUGCCCUUGGGGCAUGCCUGGACAGAUUCGAGGAGCUCCCAUACUCAUCGCUCUCUGAACUCACCCUGGAGAAUCUCCUGAAACUCGUUGGCAAUGUUAACGUCAGCUGCUCAAGAAGAUGGCUGAGGUUUAUUGCCAAAGAGGCUGUGCAACACCAUUCAGCAUCUGCCGAGCAUGAUCCAUCAAGUCACCUCUAUAAGUCACUCUUGCAGAUUGCAGAGGGUCCAGUUGACACAUGCCCAAAUUCAAUAAAGAACCGACCAAAAUAUGUGUCCUGUGUGGUAGCACAUAAGUCCAUGGGGGACAAGGGGAAAAUUCCAUGUGUCUACUGGUGGAGAAAUUCAAAAUUCACGGAGUUGGUGGAUCUCAAGGACAUUGCAAGUAUCAUGGAUAAUGGAAAGGAAGUUUUUGGGAGACAAGUCAUCGGGAGAGGAUUUAGUAUCUAUGUGAUAGGUGGGGAACAAGGGCUGGGAUCAGGUCGUUUCACCAAAACAAUUUGGCGAUACUGUUUGCUCUCGAAAACCUGGUUCUCAGUGGCGGAAAUGCCGAGACCCAGAAGACACAUGGCUGUGGCGUUUAUAAAAAAUAAAUUGUACCUGAUUGGCGGCAUUGGUCAGCACCGUUUAAAGCUGUCAAGUGUAGACGUAUUGGAUAUUCACACGGGGCUGUGGUCCAAAGCCGCUGAAAUACCUGAAAUGUUCACAGAAGUACCUGCAUCAUGCGUUGUUGACGAAAAAUUAAUUUACUUCAAGACGAACUUUUACGUUUAUGAUCCAAUUAUCGAUGAGUGGCAAGCAAUCAAGAAAAGCUCCUGCGAUGGGUCGUCCGGCCUGAACCAUGUGGACUCGCUGAUCAGCUACGAGGACAAUACUUGCUGCAACGAUAAUAAUGUUUACGUGGGAAUUGCCGAUAGCGAUAAUCAGCGAACGCUCCUGUCUAGGUUCUCUUUGGACUCGACAAGUGGAAGGCUCAGGUUCAUAUGCGAACAGUCCUGUGAUUUUCCUCGCCAAAUAUUCAAUGGGUCCAUGCUCUUCAGCUUCUCUCAUUCCAAUGGAGAAGUGAAGGUCGAACGUGGCACACUGGAGAGCAUUAAUUCAUAUCAAUUCAUGGGAAUCUGUAGUACAAUCGUCAAGAGUAUUCAUGAGUCGGGGUUCCAGAGUCGUAUUGGAUGUUUCAAUGUUAUCGAUCCAGCAACUCUACAUCAGCAGAUUUCAUUCACUGAUCAGGUCUGCAUCAACGUUUAAUCACCCUUGUUCCCCCCCGAAGGAUUGAAAAACGCAUUAUCUCGUCAUUUUGAUUCAUGAAAUUUUUAUUCAUCGUACAUGUUGUAACGGAAGCAGUCUUCAAACAAAUCUACCACGACAUAUUGUUUCAAUGGCUACAUUGGAAUAAAAAACGAACUGACGUGCUACCAGUGCAUUUGCAGGAUGGGUCGUGGCUAAAAAAUUGGAGAGAGAGAGAGAGAUAGACAGACAGAUGUGAUGGAUUGUAAAGUGAUACUCGUAGGAUUAUACCUUUAUAAAUUUUCUCGUGAGGAUGCUGGCCAACCGCACGAGUACCACAUUCCAAUGGUCCAUCCGACACUCGACCUGACAGCACGUAAUUCCUUUUUCUUCAUGUCGUGUUCUCACCAUAAUGUUGUAAGUUAUAAUAAAAUUCGCGUCACGUGGCAUGGAGUUUUUGUAAGCUCGAAUUAGCGUUGCAAAAGAAAAAAAAAUAUAA